UUCCUAUUUCAUGGUGUGAAGUUGAAGAGGGCGCCGCAUGAAUUACUGUCACAAAAUACAGUCAAGCCAGAGACUUGAAGACAACUUCUGGAAAUGGCUCAAGAGGACCAAAGUGAGACGUCGCAACAAACAGCAGGCAGUGAUGAAGAGAAGGGGACAGAGAACCAGGCUUCUCCCUCCGUCAUUGAGAUUCACGACUCUAUGACUGAAUGUGAGGACGACGCGAGGCCCAGUCUAGUGCAGAUGGAGGAGAAGGCAUUUGUAUCAAGUCUGCACUCUUUCAUGAAGGACAGAGGUACACCCAUCGAGAGGAUCCCACAUCUGGGCUUCAAGCAGAUUCAUCUUUGGAGGAUCUUCAAAGCUGUGGAGAAACUCGGGGGUUAUGAUUCAGUGACAGCACGGCGUCUUUGGAAGAAAGUGUAUGAUGAUCUGGGAGGAAGUCCAGGGAGCACCAGCGCUGCUACUUGCACUCGCAGACACUAUGAGAAGCUGGUGCUGCCCUUUGAGAGACACAUAAAAGGAGAGGAGGACAAACCUCUGCCUCCAAGCAAACCUCGGAAGCCUUACAAGAGAAAUCUGGAUGGCAAGGUCCACAAGGCUGAGAGGAAGAGGAAGAGGACUCAGUCGGAUAGAGAGAUGGAUUCUGAGAUACUCACCCAGAGGAGUCCAGAGGCUGCGUGCCAAAGUGAAGCAGUGAUGCACCCCCACCCGGCUCUCUGGGCUGCUGCCUCUGAUAGACACCAUCCAGACUGCUCCCAGCCAAACAGAGCCCCCAACGGUCUUUGCUCUUCUGUCUAUGCCCGCCUCGUCCAGGUCCCCACAUCCAGCCCCUGGACUGCUCACAUCCCAUCUGCUGCUGGAGAGGUCAUCUCUCCUCUGGAGAAAAAGAAGCGAAUGGCUCAGGCUAGCCUUAACUUGCCCCUGAGUCCUCAGAGCGAGGAUAAAGAAAGGCCCUCUGUCAUUCAGUGCUCCCAGUCUCCAGCCCAGGCUUCCUCCAGCCAGAACUGCAACUCCUCUGACGGCUCCCCGCUCCCUUUAUCCUCGUCCUCUUCCCGCAGCCCUUCCCCUUUCUCUGUUUCAUCAGAGGAUGGUGCAGCAGGCAAUGAAGAUAAACCUGCAUCAGGCUCUGAGCUGCCCCAGAACUGUUCCAGCUCUGAGAAAAAUACAUCCAACUGUAGUGAGGAAAGCAAGUCUGUGAGCUGUGGUCAGAUAUCCAAAGACUCUGCAGGACCGAAUAAAGACGUUUCUCAUGUCAGCCCCAAAUCCGCAGACUCGAUUAAAGUCCACAUUAAGGACUCUGCCUGGAAGUCAAACCACAAAUGGAGUGGUCGAUAUUUCCCCAAUCCUUUCCACUCGUCCUCGUCUAUCACUGGGAAAUCUAACUGGGCUCCAACAUCUACCUCUAGUUUUACCAAAGUUAUUCCAAAAUCUGUGCAGGUUCUGCGGCCCGCUCCCAUUCGGCCAAGUUAUAAAUCCCACCAGGGCAGGUUGAUGCAGCAGGACAACUUACUGACUUGUGCAAAGAAACUGACCAACAUGCCUCCGUGGCUUUAUCAGACAGAGAAGAGGGAGAAAUCCAGGACAAUGCCUCAAAAAGUUCCUCCCAUUCCGCAGAAUUUGUCCCAUUCCACCACCAGCCUGCCGGUGUCGUGCGUCCUGUCAAGCUACGACAAGUCAGGAAGAGACUCUCGGCUCCAGCCUCCAUUACACCCUGCGUUUCUCCCCAACAGAAUGAGACUACCUCAGUCCCAGCUGAUGUACCAUCAUGUCCCAGUGAGCCCGGCUCACUCUGCUCUCAUUGGCUCUGCUGUUUAUCCAUAUCCCUACUCCAUUCCUCUGUUAAAUCCCCAGACUGGAUAUACCUUACCUGCCAUGAAUCCCGUUUAUCCUCACAAGUUAUGAUUCUUAGUUUUUCAUCUCCAGACACCAAUAAUUGUUAUUUGACAAAAAUACUUUUCUAUUGGUCAGUGUAACUGUGAUGAAGCCUUGUGUUUUAAAUUUUAGCAUUAGUUUGCAACACGUAAAUAUUUAUGUUCUGUAGCUUCAUACACAGUCAUCCCCCCGUGGCAAACUAGCUGCCGUCAUUAGCUGGCGGACUGUGUUGACCUUUUGAAGGGAAAUGAAGUCACAGCAGUGAUGGUUAGAGACAUUUAUAGGAUCACAGUGAAACAGGAUGAAUCAUCCAAGUGCAUCAAACAGGUGCAUUAUUUCAGCCUCAGUGCUACUCCAGUGCAUGCUCAUAGCCUGUAACAUGUCCAUUUGUAAAGUCAAAAAAUGGAAAUGUCUCUUAUUUACCCAAAAUUAAAAGCUAAUUCUGUUAAUUCCACUAUAAACCAUUAUAUGUGCAGGAAAAUAAAACUAAAUUAAAUGUGUGUAUGAUUAUGACAAAUUCACAAGAGGUUGCUUAAACACAACCAGCUAAGUUAAAAUUAAGAUCAAAGUUCUUGCACAUUUGUACUCAAUUGCACAAUUUAAAUACUUAGUGUUGAAAGCAAAGAACUAUCUUACUGUCCUGUAUUGUGAAGUCUAUUAACAUAGUGAUACUGUAUGAAUACUGUAUGUGCUAUGUAUCAGUAUUAUUUUAGCUUUUACACGCAGAUCUCACUGUCAUUCAAAUGUAUUUAAACAGAACGCAAAUGAUCAUAAAUACAUACAAAAUAAACAGAAAACAGACUAAAACAUUUGGUCCUUUAUUUUUAUUAUAGAAGUAUUACUUUGUCCACCUUCACCUCCACCUUCACCUGCACCUUCUGUGUACUUAACAGUUAACUACACACACGCUUUUCUAAUUGUCAGCUGGAUUUCAGUAUAUACAUUUUAGUAUAUAUUCAGCUGUUCUUAGUAUCUUUUAUUGUCUUAGUAAAUUUUUAUUUCUGGUAUAUUUUUAUUGCAUUUAUGCAUAUUUUCACUGCAUGUUAGU